UUUCCCGCCAUAAGAAUGGGUACCCGCCAUCUCAUGAGAUCAAGUCAAGAAUAGAGGAAAUGGCUUCCCUAUCCCCCAAAACCCUAAUGGAUCUGUACCAGCCAGUUUCUAAGCGAUUGAAACCCACUGUCACCCCAAUCUUGAAAUCGGUAAGCUCUCAGUCGUACCACGACUCUGAUGCUGACACGAAUGUCUCCCCUCAGCCCUCUACUCUUAGUGGCAAGCAAAAAUCACGCAUUGAAUGUAACAAAUUGCUGGCGAAGUCCAAGAGGAAUCUGAAAAUCUGUGCUGAAAAGGUCUCUAAUUUUCAAGGUAAUGCAAAACUUGAGUGUCAUGUUAACCUGGAGGAUUUGCUGGUGGAGGAGACCUGGUUGGAAGCUCUUCCAGGAGAAUUCAGAAAACCUUAUGCCAAGAAUCUCUGCCAAUUUGUGGGAAGAGAGAUAUGUGGUGGCGCCGAGGCUAUAUAUCCACCUUGCCAUAUGAUUUUCAACGCUCUGAACUCUACCCCUUUUGAUAAAGUGAAGGCAGUGAUCCUUGGGCAGGAUCCUUAUCAUGGACCUGGACAAGCCAUGGGCCUUUCAUUCUCUGUGCCUGUAGGAGUAAAGGUCCCUUCAAGUCUGGUAAAUAUUUUUAAGGAACUCAAGCAAGACCUUGGCUGUUCAGUUCCAACUCAUGGAAAUCUGGAAAAAUGGACUGCGCAGGGUGUUCUCUUGCUUAAUGCCGUUCUUACAGUCAGGAAGCAUCAAGCUAAUUCUCAUGCAAAAAAGGGUUGGGAGCAGUUUACCGAUGCUGUUAUUAAAACAAUCUCACAAAAGAAGGAAGGAGUUGUGUUUCUCUUGUGGGGGAACUCUGCUCAGGAGAAAUCUAGGCUGAUUGAUACAACAAAGCAUCACAUUCUCAAAGCUGCACAUCCUUCUGGUUUGUCUGCAAAUAGAGGCUUCUUUGGCUGCAGGCACUUCUCCAAAACUAACCAACUUCUGGAACAAAUGGGGAUUCCCCCCAUUGAUUGGCAACUAUAAUAUCUUGAAAGUUCUAAUUUCGGAGUACGUUCCAAGUCUUGGGGCUCUCUCAAAUGAGUCCAUUAAUUUUUUGGGUGUAUGAACCAUUUUGGUUUUAUACAAAUCUGCUCUAAGGUUAUUCAUAACUCAGCCGAUUAGUGUUUGUUUUUUGACCAACUGCACCCACCAUAACAAUUUAGCUACGUGUAUUUUAUAGCCGGUGGACGCUAACUGACCUUGAUGUAUAUUAUCGAUGCGUGGUCAAGAAUCAAAGAAUCCCUGGCUUUUUGCAAA